UAUAACAUCCUUGCCACAAGGGUGAAGUUGCAUUGCAUAUUUCUCUGCUUCUUCCUUCUACAUCACCUUAUUCCUCUUUCCUCUUCAUUCUCUUCCCAAAUAAAACUAUAAUCAGUCUUCAGUGAUCGUCAACACUUAAGACCCAAGUGUAAAUGAAGAAAGUGGUGGUGAAGUUGAAUUUGCACGAUGACAAAGCAAAGCAAAAGGCCAUGAAGUCGGUUUCUAGCCUAGCAGGCAUCGAUUCUAUCUCCAUGGACAUGAAGGAGAAGAAACUGACUGUCGUGGGUGAAAUAGACCCUGUCGAUGUGGUGAGCAAAUUGAGAAAAACUUGGCACCCAGAAAUUGUAACUGUUGGGCCGGCAAAAGAGCCAGAGAAGAAGCAAGAAGACAAGAAAGACGAGGGCAAAAAAGAUGACAAGAAGAAAGAUGAUGAUAAGAAGAAAGAUCCAAAUCAACAAAUUGAGGAGCUUGUCAAGCUCUACAAAGCAUAUAACCCCCACAUGACCACAUACUAUUAUGUUCAGAGUGCGGAAGAGAACCCAAAUGCUUGUGCUAUUUGUUGACUCUGAUGUUUGAGAACAAUAACAAGUCAUGUUAAUUAUUGGUGAAUUUCAUGGCACCAGAGACAUAUAUGAACCCAAGUCAUGAAUGCUUUCUGUGUAAAUUAUAUUUUGGGUGGUUGAUUGAGACAUCUAGAGGAUUAAUUAAUGGUGUAUCAAAAUAGGCUAUGAAGGUUUUGAAUGCAUAAUAAGUAAAUUCAUGUGUGAAUUGUGGAAAUAUGCACAUUAUUGUGCUAUGUGUUGCCAAUAUUUCUCAUUUAAAAUUGUGUCAUACUUGUCAAUUGGGACUUUAUGUAAUGUAUUCAUGAGAGAAAUUGGACUCUACUUUAUGUAUAGAUGAUGCUGGGUGACCGUAA